UAGCUUUUAACAACCAGAAAGUACUGAAGCUUUAUCUGAAAGCACUGAAGCUUUGUCAUCAUUCGUCAUCAUUUCAAAUUAAUUUCACUUGACAUCUGUGUUGGUUUUCAGCUAAAUGAACCCAGAGAGCUACAGAAAAGGGAAUUUGAAGUCAGAUUCUUCUCACUCCACUGUUACCUGUCUGAGAAUAUGAACUUGAAGAGCUGGUGAUUUUUUUUCCACCCUUUAUGGUAACCCUUGUCUGGUGCAAAGAAUCCAUUCCUGAACAGGUACACAGCAAGAUGGACGUCAAGAAGAAAGAGAUGGAUCUGCUGAGCAACAGCAUUGCUGCUUACGCUCACAUUAAAGAGAAUCCAGAAAGCAUUGGGCUCUAUUUCGUCAUCGGGGUGUGCUUCGGCUUGAUCUUAACCCUUUGCCUGCUUGUGAUCCGGAUCUCCUGUAAGCCGCGGACUGAGCCACGGGCCGAGCCAGUCCAGGCGAAGAAAGCUCUGAGGGACUGUAGCGAGGAAGAGGACGACGAGAGCGAGGAAGACGAGACCGACGCUCCCAACCCCACCACUGAGAUCACCAUGGGCAACCACAGCCAGUCUGACGGGACGCUGAGCAUGAAUGUGUUCACGUCGGCCGAGGAGCUGGAGAGAGCCCAGCGGCUGGAGGAGAGGGAACGCAUCAUCAGGGAGAUCUGGAGGAAUGGGCAGCCCGAUAUCCUGGGCACUGGCACGGGCACCAUCGGCAGGGUGCAGUACUAUUAACUCCUCAAACAGCCUUCACUUGAUUCUGCACUGCCUUUAGGCUUAGUGAAGGAGACGAUUUCAUUUUUGUGAAUUGUCAUUUUUUGUGACAGUUAUUUGCCAGAAACUAGGAUCCAAAGCUGGCUUAUUAGCACAAGUUCCAAGCCAAAUAAUUGACAAUAUUGAACGCCUUGAAUUUCUGCCUUCAAAUGGAAAGAACAUGUCAUACUUUUCUAUUGUUUUAUUGUAUUUUUCUAUAAGCCUGGCCCAUGUUAACCCCCUCUACACAACAUCACGUGCAAUAAGUACAACAAUCUUCUAAUCAGCUUUUUUUUUUUUGUAUUUUAUAUUUAGAUCAAGCACAGUUACAUCAGGGCUACUACAGCAGAAUAUAAAAAUGCUUCUGAGUCUCAUCCUGCUCCUGAUAAGGUUUCAGAUUCUUCGGGUGGAUACUUUUCUCUGUUUCAGAUAAGCAAAUAAUUCACAAGCCUUACAAUGGAAUCCCAGGCAGAGGGUUCUGAUAGAACCCCAGUGUUUACGAAAGGUGCAGGACAAUAGACCUUUUCCAGUGUUCCCAGGGUUGACUAUGCGGAUGGCAUUAUUUUGUUUGGUGGAAGUGCAAUGAUUACAUUUGGGUUAAUCAGCACCGUAACAGACAAUCAGGCUUAAAAAAAAAAAAAAAACUGUUUCCAUGAGCCGUAGGGCUUCUGUUCAAACAAACACCAGCUGGGACUUUUAAACUCAACAGACAUUCAUAUAGUUAUAGUUAAUGUGUAUGCCACAAGAGAAAACAUCUCUUAGCUUGGACUGGAAUGAAAUGGAACUUCAAACGCCUACUCAAGAAAGAAAAAAAACUUUCUCAAGACAAGAGGGUAUUAUUAGAUACUUUUUGUGUGUCGCUGUAGUCCUUACAGAAAGUUGCUGCCUUUCACACACAAAUUCAAAAAUGUUUUCAGAGUGGCUUAGUCGCAUCUUUGGCUACAGCUUUAUUGACCAGCCUGAUUCUGUUGCUGGUAGAGCCCAGCUGCACCGAGUCUGUUGUAUCCCAUUAGGUUGUAUGUUGAGUAUAACAUAUAGUUUGGGGGUGAUCAGUAAGUGGCUGAUAUCUUUACAUAUCACAAUGAAGUAGCUGUAACAUUAAAAGUCUGACAUGAAGUUCAAUAUCUCAGAACGGACUUAAAUGUUUCCAUAGUUUAAAAUCACUAAAUUAUGGAACCUUCCUGGACCAGACACUUGCUUUGACUGGGGUUAAAUUGCUCUUAACUGUGGCAGAUAUGAACAUGCCACUGCCUAAACCUUCAGCUGUUUAAAAGUUGUAACUUUAAUUACAAAAAUACUCUAAAGAGACUUGCAUACGAAGUCCCCACAGUUUUGAGCAAUUGAACAGACCCCACUGUUAGUGUUCAUAAUCUUGGCACACAAAAGGCCUUAUUUGAGUGUAUCUUUACCAAAGAUAAAACCCAAAACUUGAAAUCUGGUCUGAGAUCCUAAAUAAUUAUAUUGAAUUGCAUGCAUUCCCUCAGGCCCACUGCAAACCAAUCCAGCCAGUAAUCCUGGGUAAUUUGUUCGUAUUGCUUAAUAAUUUCCUGACCAAUAAAUGGUAUUGUUGUGUUUCAUGUUUCACAAGGGGGUGACUUCAACAAUCCAAUUCAUUUCAGAUUUUAGGUGACUCAUUGAAUUUUUACAUUGUUUGAUUCAAUGAUUCAAGCUUUUUUUUUUUUUUUUUAAUUUAGUUGGUGUUGAAAAACAGAAAAGAAAACUACAGCAUUGAUCUUAAAAUUCUUGACAGUCUUGUCUGUAUAAGACAGUUCCAUCAAUCCCUAUCAUUUUCAUUGCUAAACUAGUAAAUACCAGAAUAGACCGACUGCACCUCCUGCUUUCAUAACAUUCAGAAUUAUGAUAUGCAUCCGUGCGCAAAGCAAACUGCUGUUAUGAGAGAGGCUAACAUACAGAUAUACAGUAGAUGAGCUUCACUACUGUAGGUGGUAUUUUAAUGAUCAAACGCAUCAUUGAAAUGCAAUAGGGUCGUACUAGUAGUUUCAUCUCUUUAUAACAAUAUCAUUCUAUAUAAAUAUUCUGCACUAUAUAUGAUUCAUGCACAUUUUACACAGCCUUUUCAAUUGACGCUGCAGCCACUGAAGGCUCACUUGAUGGCAUCUGGCAUAGGGUAGUCACCCAUAACAACUCAUCCAAAUGUUUGCCUACUAGACUAAAACAUUUCUAUUCUUUAUUGGACAGAAUGUUCCUUUCACAUUCCAGUUACCAAGGUCACCUUGAGUGGACUACCAGCAUAAAUGAUCUGCACACAAUCUUGCAAAAUUGCAUUAGCAAUCCCUGAAGGAUUUUUUGUUUGUUUUACGGUACGUACUUUACAAGCUAUGCACUUAUAUAGUACGAGUGUAUUCCAUGCGUCACAUAGUGUUGUCUGAUGCACUGCCGUUAUGGAUUCUGUCUCCUGUCAGUGAGACGAGGGUAAUAACUUUAUAGUCAGAGAAUGCAGGUGAGCCCGACUCUUCAGCAUUGUGUUUAAGACACUCACUUGCAGUGUGCCUGAUCACCGGCCUGCACCCUGUUGCAUUGGCGUCAUGAUCUGAACACAACACAUGCCUCUUGUUGACAUUAUUAAUAAAGAGAAACCACAACAAUUUUGUUCCAAAAAUGCAUAUAACUAAUAAACAUUAAGUACUAUGGAAGUACUAAGUAAUAACAUUGUAAUAAAUAUGUACAAACAAGUACUAUUUUUUUAAAUAUAUUUCCAUCUCUCUUAAUGUUUAUCUCAACUGGUUACAUUCCAUGUGUGUUAUUGCGAGUCCUGCUAAUUCAAUGACGAUAGCAUCAUCAGCCCUAGAGGUUUGGUUUAGGGUAUGGGGGGGGGUCACACUGUAUGUCAUGUGAAUCAAUAUUUUACAACAUACAGUAAGAUUUGGUGUAUUCUAUCAGUGCCUUACAAUAUGCCAUUAUUCUGCAUCUAAGAUACUAUACCAACAUGGGACAAUUAAUAAAGCAGAAUGAUAUGUAGGUUGGAGUAAUGUACUGAAAUACAAAUGUAUUUUCUGCUAUACAUUUUUCAACAUCUCGUUAAGCUUGUUGCUUGAAAAUACAGUUGUUAAAAUUGUUCUAUCACCGCCUGCAGUUGAAAAUAAAGUCAGGGUAGUAUUUAAAAUGAAACAAGUAGCUAUUAAAUAAAACAUCUGUCGAAUGUUAUUCCUGAAGUUGUUACAUUGUUGACUGUAGGCAUGAACGUUUUCAGAAUUCUUCACAAAGCACAGCUGAUACAAAGCAAAGCUGUGUUAGUAAAAUAAGCUAAAUCAAAAGCUUGAGGGUCGGUGAUUUUAUUUUUAUAUAUAGCUUUUGGGGUGCUAUCAUGAUGUACAAUGUAUGUCAUGAAACUGAAAAUAAAUUGUACUGUUGCUCUCCAAUUCUGUUGAAAUUCAAUGUAGAGUGCUAGAUUUUAAAGAGUGAUUUAUUUUCUAGAAAUAAUUAGCCUUAAGACUGCUCAAAAUCAUCCAUUGGGCGGAAUAUAUUUUGCAUGAUCUGUGUGACAGGGAAAGAGCAAAAUAGCAAUACAUAUUACUGGCACUGUGAUCUGAAUAUAUCGAAAUAUACACAAUCUUCACUCGGCAUGCACGUGUUUUGCAUUCCCUAAAAGAAACGUCUUAAUGAAAGCAGGCUCUCUAAUAGAUUUUUAGCAGUCUAAGGACACACUGAUGGAAAGUACAGUAGCCUAUUUCUUGUAAGCACAGUUACUUUCCAGUCCUUGCUUAAAUUCAGCAGCUUAUCUGUAAUAACGGCACAUGUUAACUCAUAAUUUAUAAAAGGUUGCGUCAUGCAACACUUUUUACCAAAGAGAUGUAAAUAUUUACAUAAAUAUUUGUAUUAUAUCAUCAGUAUUACUACCUUUCUAGAUUAUGUAUAGUGGUUCUUGAAUAUUACAAUAAAUAGAUCAAGUAUAAACUUGUUUUUAUUCCAAAUAAAGAGAAAAUUUGUAAAGCCCUUUAACUGGUAUUGGUGUUUGUAAAUAUUUAUUAAGAGGUCAAAUUCUAAGAAACUAAGGGCCACAUUUUCAAAGUGUUUAUUCUCAGUUUUGUAACAUCUAUAUGGAAUUGAAUUUAAAUUUAAAUCCAGCUGUGAUAGAGUUCACUAAAGGCUGGAGGAACAUCUGCCUAUUGCCCAGUAAUUACUUUGGCCUAGUGUAAUUACUGUGUAAAAAGCCCUGGAUUGGAAUCUGUUUUCUAGGUCAAUGGUUUCACACAAGUAGCAAAUUGUUAUUAUAUCUAAGAGCAAUUGUGUGUUUUUAAUGUUAUGGGAAUGUGGCAAAGUACACACAUCCGGGUCAUUAAAAGCUUAUUCAAUACCCGAUUAUAAGUAGGCAUAAGGGUUUGAACUCUCAAACAUCUGCUGUACUCACACAGAACAAUAUCUCUCUAUUUACAGUGAAAGUGAAGUUUCUUUUCUAAAUUGUUUUCUUAAGGUCUCUGGGAGCAUUAGGCAAACCAAACAGUUACCAUUGUCAAUGUGUCUUAGGAUUGUGUAGCACCUUCCACCCCCACCACAGCCCCAAUGGAGGUUACCAUAGAAACCAGUUAGAGACUCUUCUGGUGGGCCUGUAAUAACCUAUUUAUAAUUAGGGACCCUUCCUCGUGGUUUUGGGGCUGCAGUUUGCUCAGCCAACGUUGUGUUCAAAUUUCCUACAGGCAGCAGGGCCUUCUGUUUUCCUUCGGGGGAAGCAGCUGAUUGGAAAAGUUUCCCUUCCAAGUCUCUUCAUUCAUUUUCCAUUUCCCCCUGACAAUGUCAAUCUGUACUCACUCAGAAACCAGGCCAGGCCUCUGGUUCCUGCUAAUUUUAGCAUGUCUGUGUGUUUCCUACGGCAACCUGAACUGUGCUCCCAAGCAACCUUCAUUUCUGACUUUUCUGUGUUUUCAUCUUACUAUUCAAGGCCUUUAUCUGGCACAGUACAGCUAAGGUUACUAUACUGGCAUUGUUUGAGGGUUAAAUCAAGGACAGUUGUCCCUUCCUUCCAGGACUAGGGGUGUCUGAAUGAUUAUAAGAGAACAAUAAUGGUUUUCCAAAACAAAACCUGUUUAAGUCCAAUAACUAUUGUGGAACUAGUACACAUGCACACAUUAAAACUGCUAUUACAGUACAACACAAUUCUAGCUGCAGGCAAACUGUACAGGUUGUAGCAACGCUAAAAUCUAGAAAUCAUCCCAAAAAUUCUCCAUCAACAGCAUGGCUGUUUAACACAAGUUAUUCUCUCAGCAGUCUUCUAUUUUGAGGUUUUUCUUCAGGGCUCGAACCUAUGUGCAUAUUAGAAACAGAGCUCAGACUAUAUGGGAGUAAUAGCAAAAGGUGAAAAUAUAAAACAAAAGGAUAUAUUUGCACAAUUCCAUGGUUAUGCUUUUGGAAAACGAAAUGCAAACUGUAAUAAGUAGAAGUGCACCAGUGUUUGCAAAUGCUUAUGCCAGCAUGCUUCUGUUUUAUGAAGACAUUACACCAUGCCUACCUUUUACGUGCAGGAUCUAAAGCACAAAGGCCUGCCCUCAAUGAGUAAUGGCAUGUCGACUCACAGGAAAAGGGAGUUACAUUCUCAGUAAUUGUUUAAGGGAGUAAGGGCGUAUCUCCAAAUAAGGAAAACGUGGGUGUUCUUCAAUCACUCUCUGUUGUGCAUAUAACCAGCUUUCUGUUCCGAAAGUCUCGCUAUGGUAUUAAAGCUUAUGUUCAAAAUAGUACAUCAGCACCUGUACUUGUUUAUUCACGAUAGUCCCGGUUCAUGGCAUGAUCAAUACUGACCAGGUUCAGGCUUGUUUAGCUUCUGAAGGGGAGUUUAUUAAUGCAAUAAGAUUUGCUACCAAGAGAAAUGACAGAAAAUCCAUUAAACUAAUUAAUUUAAACAGUUUAUUCAUUUAAAUGAGUCAUGCAUGUGUGACACCAGGAGUUGGAUUCAAGAUGCCUGCCAGCAUUUUACUGAUAUUUUCCAAGGCUCAUGUAUUGUGCAUUGUAACAAUCGUAUCCUUUUUAUAAAACUUGAACAAAUAAAUGAAAGCUUCCAUCAA